UGUUAUUCUUCCGGCAUAACUGUUAAAUCGGCGUUUGAACUCGAUCGAUUAUUAGUGUUAAAACCGUUCUGUAAUAUUUCAGGGACUGAUCCAACGAAUGAGUGGUCGGUAGAUUUUGUUCCGCUUCACUGAUCCCGAUGAUCUUAAGAUCCAGCGUCUGACCAUGAGUUCCGACCGCUGGGACUGGGACAGUCCGCAGUGUCGAGCCCAGUUGGAUGAAAUCUUUUUCCGUCCGCAUGACUACAUUCAAGCCGGCAGCGCUGAACACCGCGAAUUUUGGGCUUUCUUCGACCGUUUUCGGAGAUUUAAGGCGAAGAAGGAGAUGUGCGGUUCUGGGUCCAGUCAUCUGUACGACCGGGAACCAGAGCGCCACAAGAAGAAGGUACUGGAUCUCCCGGAGGAGUACGAUGCUCGGUACCGUAUCAACGUCUCUGUGUGCACCGGGGACAUCGACGAGCGUCUGGGCAGAUCCGAGCACCGCGGCGGACGUAAUUCAUACGGUCCGGGUUCCAGGGAAAUCUCGGAGUUUCGUCUGGUUCUGUUGCAGUUUUUAGACUUUAACCAGAAGCAGAGCUUUGGCAAACUGGCCAAACUGCGGCGGGAGCAGAAGAACCUGCCCAUAUGCCAGUACAGAGACAAGAUUGUGAAGUUGGUGAGGAAGCACCCAGUGGUGGUGGUGGCUGGGGAUACCGGGUGUGGGAAAUCAACUCAGGUGCCUCAGUAUCUGCUCUCUGCUGGAUUCACCAACAUUGCUUGCACCCAACCUCGCCGCAUCGCAUGCAUCUCCCUGGCCAAGAGAGUCAGCUACGAGAGUCUGAACCAGUACGGCUCCAAGGUGGGCUACCAGAUCCGCUUUGAAACCACCCGGACCACAGCCACCAAGCUGCUGUUCCUCACGGAGGGUCUGCUGCUGCGGCAGAUCCAGCAGGAUGCCACCCUGGAACAGUACCAGGUUGUGAUUGUGGACGAAGUUCAUGAGAGGCACCUCCACUGCGACUUCCUGCUGGGUGUCCUGCGCACGCUGCUGCUCACUCGCUCCGACCUGCGACUGGUUCUCAUGUCAGCCACCAUCAACAUCAAGCUCUUCUCCGACUAUUUCAGUGGUGCUCCGGUGCUGCAGGUGCCAGGACGACUGUUUCCCAUUCAAGUCAUCUACAAGCCUAUCCCUCCUGAGGAACAAGCCUCACGCUCAGAGAAGCUGGACCCUCGUCCCUACCUGCGGAUCCUGCAGGGCAUUGACCAGCGUUACCCUCCUGAGGAACGAGGCGACCUGCUCCUAUUCCUCAGUGGUGUAGCGGAGAUCUCCACCAUCCAGGAGGCGUGUCAGGUCUACGCCACGCACACGCAGCGCUGGAUUGUGUUGGCGCUGCACAGCACGCUGUCUCUGGCUCAGCAGGAUAAGGUGUUUGACAUCGCUCCUCCUGGAGUCAGGAAGUGCAUCAUCUCCACGAACAUCGCAGAGACGUCAGUCACUAUCGACGGAGUUCGUUUUGUUGUCGACUCAGGGAAAGUGAAGGAAAUGAGUUAUGACCCCAAAGCAAAGAUGCAGCGCCUGCAGGAGUUCUGGAUCAGCCGAGCCAGCUCCGAGCAGAGGAAAGGUCGCGCUGGUCGCACCGGUCCCGGGGUUUGUUACCGCCUCUAUGCAGAGUCUGACUACGAUGCCUUCGCUCCGUAUCCCGUCCCGGAAAUCCACCGAGUGGCUCUGGACUCCCUGGUUCUUCAGAUGAAGAGCAUGAGUCUUGGGGAUCCACUCUCCUUUGUCUUUAUCGACCCCCCUCCGGCGGCCAGUAUCCAGACAGCCAUCACCUACCUGAAGGAGCAGGGUGCCCUGGACCGGCGUGGGGAACUCACCUCCAUCGGACGUUUGCUGGCUCAGCUGCCGGUGGAUGUUGUCAUCGGAAAGAUGCUGGUUCUGGGUUCCCUCUUCAGUCUAGUGGAGCCGGUCCUGACGGUCGCAGCAGCUCUCAGCGUCCAGUCUCCGUUCCUGCGCAGCUCCCAGCAGAACCCGGACUGUUCCACAGCCUGCCAGCCGCUGAUCAGCAACCAGGGCGACCCGUUUACCCUGCUCAACACCUUCAACGCCUGGGUGGAGGUUAAGGGGGAACGAGGCGGGGGCUCCAGGAAGUGGUGCCGAAGGAGAGGCCUGGAAGAGCAGCGACUCUACGAGAUGGUCAACUUACGCCGGCAGUUUAAGGAGUUGCUGAAGAGUCACAGGCUGCUGGAGUCUGAUCUUGAUGUGACCUCUGGUGGCGAUCGAGAGCAGCGCAGGCAGAGAUUCACAGAGAGGAGGAAGCUCCAUCAGAUGAAGAGGGAACAUGAGCAGCAGGCGACCAGCCGACGUAAAGUCCUGAGGAUGGAGGACGGACAGGAGGGAGACCUGUCCUCAGGGUCAGACACGGACCAGGCGAGCCGGAGCAGAAGCAAGAAGGAAAAGUCAGAAAAGGAUGUGGACAUCCAGGAAGUGAAGUUCAAGUUGCGUCACAACGUCUCAGAGCUGCAGGACGCUGUGAGCCAGGACCUGACCUCGCGUCAGCAGGCCCUUCUCAAACUGCUGCUGUGCCGAGGGCUCUACCCUCAGCUGGCUCUUCCAGACGAUCACAACACCGCCAGGAAGGACUCGGACCAGGUCUUCCACACGAAGAACAAGCAGGGUGUGGUGAUCCAUCCCACCAGCGUCUUCGCCAACAGCCCUGAGAUCCUGCAGGUGCCCGAUGAAGACGGCAGAGAGACGGGUCCGGACCGGACCAACAGCAGCAAGCACCAACUCCUGGCCUUCGUCACCCUGCUGGAGACCAACAAGCCUUAUCUCUCCAACUGUGUCAGAGUCCCUGCGCUGCAGGCGCUGCUGCUGGUCUCGAACUCGGUGGACAGUAACGCCGACUGCUCUCGGCUGGUGGUGGACGGGUGGCUGGAGCUGGAGCUGCUGAACCCAGAGGAGGCCCUGCGAGUCCUGUCCACAGCCCUCACUCUGCGGGCAGAGUGGGAGCGCCUCCUGCUGGUGCAGCUGGAGCAGGACGCCUCUGACUCGGGUCCAGCAGUGUCUCGCAAAGCCAUGGAGAAGCUGAGCGACGGCCUGGUCCGGUUCUUGCUCUACACCGAGAUCCGCUACAGCGUGCGGCGCCUCACCGCCCUGCAGACCCAGAGCCUGUAUGUCGGUCCUCAGGCAGAGUCUCAGAAAUGUGCCGGCCCUGACCAGCUGUUCCCUGGAGUGGAGGCCAAACCUGACCCGAUUAAAGGAGGUCUACGUGUCAGCAGCUUCUUCACCUACAACUGCCUGACAGACUCCCGAGAUCUGUACAGCGAGUGUCUGCGCACCUUCUGGACGUGUCCCAACUGUGACCUCUACAUGCCCCUCACACCGCUGGAGCGCAUGCAGCAUGAGACCACUUGCAGGCGGGCGGAGGAAGUGCAGCAGGCGGACGAAGAAGCGGGCGUCAAGUCGGCCUCCUCCACCUCCCGACUCACCAGAGUGUAUCACUGCGAUGUCUGCGACGAGGAUCUGACGCUCACGCCCACGGAGAUCCUCAAACACAAACGCCAGCACAUGUUUUCAGCCAAGUGACCCAGCCAGGUGGCAACUUCACAAAGAACUCGAGCCACUUCUUCUGAGAGAGAGAUGCUUCAGCUGGUCCUGACACUGGCCUCCUGACACCAUGCUGAAGAGACCUGCUACUGAAUCUUCAUCUCUCCCUCCAGACCCUCCAGUGUUCCUUAGCAAAUUCUUAUGGUUAGAAUAUGUAAAAUUGCACCACAAAUUUGUCAUUAUAUCAUGGGAUUCUGCGAAGACGCACCAGUGAGAGUCCACUGUGUUCUGAUCGUUCAGUGUUGCUCUGCAGACUUGUGGUCUUGUGGAAAGUAGAGUCUGUUUAAAGCCUACCGAUGACUGGAAAGUUCUUCUAAGGGUUCUAGCAUGGACGCUAAUCUCCAGAGGAACAUGACUAACAUGAUGAUGUUCGCAUGUGUCGGUAUUGAGGCCCAUAUCCUGCCCAUCGAGUUAUUAUAUGGCACCUGCCAGGGCUUCACACAGCUGUAGUAGGUUUUUAAAAAUCAAAGUUAAAACCAGAUCACCAAUAAAGCAUGUGGAGAUCAUGACCUACUAAGCUUUGCACUUCAACAGGAUAGAACUGAUGCAGGUAAGAGGGAACUCAGUGACAGAAAAAACUCUCCAGUGCUGUGAGUCUAUGGUGAUGGAGGACAUCUGUGAUUUAAAGCGAACCCUCGGAGUAGCCUUCAAUAAGUAGAGGCACGCCACCCACGGACUGUUCAGUUAAUCUGGAUUCCUUGUGAUGAAAAUCGGUAAGUGAGCAAGGUUCACCCCGGUUCUAUGAAGCAUACAAUGCCUUCCGACCAAGGUAUGCACCAGUUCAGCUCAAAUAGGGAAAGAUAAACACAAGGUCCUUCUGCUUAUAGGAAGGGUAGCACUGCCACCUGCUGCGCGGUGAUGGUAUUUUCUCAGCGGUAGUGAGGAUACACCUGUAACAAAGCCUGUUAUAUAUCAGAAGCACCCUGAAAUAGAAGCACUGUCCACUGUGUUUUUCCUUACAUGUUUCAAUAGCC